GAUAUCGUUAGCAACCAUGAUCUCUAUGUAAGUGAGUUUGCUUGUGCAAGCGUGUGCUGGGGGAAAACCAACUUAAUAUUUAUUUUCAUCAACAUAAAACGCGACAUCCCCCGAAAGUGACAACACAAAGAGUGAACGUCAAGAGCAGUUGCAAAUCAAGUGCGUAAAAAUGAAAAAAGUUUUGUUAACGAAAUCUCAGCAGAUUCGUGUGAGUAACCCAGAAAUCAAAAUGAAACCUUUAAUUGGGGUCGGAGUCACAGCAGCGACAACAACUUCUCCUCCCCCAGUUUCGGUUCCAGUGCGUGUGAUGCAUGUGCAAACGAAUGUGAUCACGAAUACGUAUAUGCAACGUAAAUCCUUUCAGUCCAUUUACGAGGAUAUCUUUAAAUUGUUAAUGCGACUGCCCGAUAAAGCCCUCCAGCAACGCGUUAUCGAUGCUAUCAACGGUCGCAGUGAUAAGUCGUCGUCGUCUACUAUCUCGUCUAAUCAGUGUAAACAGUGCGCGGCAAAAGAAGAAAAACCCCUAAAAAUCAAUGCGUCAACACAAACCGAAUUCCUAGAGACAAAAGAAACGAAAAUCGAAAGCUCUUUUACCGAAGUUGCUAUCAAAUCCGAUUUACCGCUUAAGCAAGAAUGUCCUACAACAAAAACAGAAACACCUACAAAAGAGGAGAGCACGGAAAGCGGAAAACCCUCAGAUCCAGCUGUUAAGGUGCCCCGCAAACGAGGCAGAAAGCGCAACACAUGUGUGCCACAGGUGGUCAAGCGAUCGGCGGCUCAAAUGGCGAUGCAGGAACGCGAGAACAAGCAACUGACUCCGCUGCAGACGAACAAGAAAAAGAAAUUGACAGCAGUUGAUGCCACCACAAGUGGCAGUUACAACACCAACGCCAACAAUGUGAACGUCAACAACAGCAGCAGCUGCAUACAGCGUCGAGAUUCAAUGUCAUCCAAUUUCUCGCUUAGUCUGAGUGACAUCAGUUUAACGGAAUGCUCGAAGCAAAUCGAUACAUACAUAGAGAAUGGCGUACAAGAUACAAUAUUGGCGACCAUGUCGAAAGAGUUCCGAAUAUCGCACGUAAUGAACGAUGAGGGAUUGUUACCUAUACAUGAUGCCAUCUUAGAGAAUAAUAUUUAUGGAGUGCAGCGUCAGGUUUUCGUUUGGUCAAAGAUGAAGCAGAAUGUUGCGCUUAAUGAGUUGCUUAGCCAAGCUGGCGAGGAUUGCCUCCAGCUGGCCAUAACCAACGAUUCGGAUCCAGAAAUUGUAAAAAUUAUAAUCAAUGCCGGCGUUCUUCCCAUGUACAUCUACGAGGAUUCUAAUACAGCCCUUCACUUAGCCAUUAUCAACAACAUUCAGCUGGAUUCAUUGCAAAUGUUGAUGCUGCACAUCGAUCUCAAUCUGUUGCUGCUAACCAACGAUGAUGGCUACACAGCUUUACACAUUGCCAUACGGCAUAAUCGCUAUAAAAUGGCUGAGGUCAUCUGUGACACCAUCGAUCAGCGGCAAUUGGGUGCUUCAGUCUAUCGACGGCCCAUUGAGGGGACGCUAGACGAAGCAAAGGCCGAAGGCAGCAGCAACAGCAGCAAUAAAAGUCUCGAGGUCAAGGAUGAGCAGCGUUUUGCCAAAUUCUAUGAACGUGCUUGCGACAAACUCGAACACAAUAAGGACAAACUCUUGGGGCGACGUCUAAAGAAUGAGAUCCUGAAUGCGAGUGAAACCCGUGCUGGGAACGCGUGUCUCUUUUAUGCUGUAGAAGGUGAACUUGAGCAUCUGUGCUACUUUCUGUUGGCGCAUCUCAGCGAUCCCGACGAGGAGAACCUCAGUGGGCAUAGCCCCAAAUCAUUUCAUUAUGAAUUUGCUCGUGUUUUGCGUAUAAGUCUCAAGAUCGCUCGCAUUAUGGACAAAGUGAUUGGCAUUUUAAAUGGCAAAUCUAGUUGAGAACAAAUCGUAAAAU